GGGAGGGCGAAUGCUUGGAAACCUUCUUUCACUCUUACUUUCCUCUAGUCACUUUGUCUCCUCUUUAUUUCCCUGUCGGUCUUCUGCUCUGCGUUGUGCUGAUCAGAAGAUAAAGCCAGGAUAACUCAAUCUGUCGAGAGAAGAUGAAGUCCCGUUUGGUUUGUCUCGUCACCUGUGUGACCCUGCUCUCACUGUGGUGUAAUGUCUGUCACGCCGCUCCGAUGUUCUACAACAUGUCCAUGGACAGCAGUGGUGAUGGAGCAGAACUGGAGCUCCUUUUCCCCGUCUCUUUCUCCACCCGAGCACCUGUUCACCUCACCACCGCUACGGGAGCACCCACCCUCACCAACACCAUUACCACCACCAUGAUCCGUCUGAAGGAUUUCGUCCUGACCCGAGUAGUGGAUUUCCUGCAGGAGAAUUUGCUCAUUAUUAUUGUUGUGACGUCUCUUCUAAUCGUCAUGGUCUUCAUCAUCUGCUGUGCCUCUGCCAUGAGUCAUAAGCGCAAGCUGGAGGCCUACAAACCGCCUCCUAAUAAUCCACCCAGGAAGUACAUGGCUGACAAAACAGGUGGACGCAAGAAUUCAAGUGAGCUCCAAGACAGGCCGUACGCUGUCGACCACGUCAAGAGGGUCCAGACUCAGAGCAUGGCCUCCCCCAAGAACCUACGCAUGCCCUCCAAGGCUCUGGUGGGAGAGAGGGGGAGAGACGUCAGGUCGUCUCCUCACCAGGGGGUCAGAAAGGUCAGGGAGGCAGAGGAGGUGGAAAAGCAGAGAGACGAGCCCAAGCACAAAGAGCAGCCCAAGUACAGGGAGGAGGUGCAGCAGAGCUCCAGUCCCAGCAGCAGCUCCAGUCAGCCAGUCUGCACCUGCCAUAUGAAGAAGGCCCACCAUUAGGGCUCGUUCAAGGCUGAUGGAUCUGAUGUAGGAUGAGGAAGGGCUGGAAUGCUGCAUCCAUGACAUAAAAAACACAUCAGACAGGUUGGUUAUACAGCACACAGAUGGAAAGAAAAUGCUUUAAAUGCAUAGCGAUUUCAAACCAGACAUAAAUAAUAACUAAUUAGUUAGAACUGCUAACAAGAAUUGUAUUUGUGAGGAUUGUGCCAUCGUAUGAGAAAACAUUCAUCGUGUAAACAGACAAAUCUACACAGUCAUGAAAAUAUGACCUAAAAUAAAAAUGAAAAACAGCAGGACAUGAGACAGGUGACCAGAAAUCGGAAAGCUGCUUACAGUGACUCGUGUCUUUAGUUUUCUUUGACUCAUAUAAAGAUUAAAAAGGCAACACUUGACACCAGGAGAUGUGGAACAACGCAUGGAUUUUCUCUUUGACUGCUGCAGCCUUUCAAAUUAAAAAUGGCUCAGAGGUCUGCUUGUUCUCAUGCACGUUAGUCUCGCAGUUUGCCAGUGAUUAAAACAUCAUAACACUGUGCUGUUGAAGUAGCAUCAUUUGACAACGGCAAGAUUUUCUUAUAGAUAAGAUCAUUUUUUUAAGGAUAAAAACCAGAAAAUAAUGGGUAGCCUGUAACUCCCCGUGCUUUGCGAACAGAAAUGAGAAGAGUAAGCGUUCCUGUGAGUCGUAUUGCUCCUUGUGCCUGACAAGACGGAGGAAUCUCCUCUGCGUGUCCUGCUGUACACCGUGGCAUCUUUUUUGCAGCUAAGAGCUUUGGUUGAACCAGCCUGUCAUUUAGCACAAAAUCUUUGCUGCUGUAAAUAAAGCAAAGUGAGGUGCCAGUAAACUUGAUUUGUUGGUUAAGUAACAAUAUAUUCUCUUUAUAUUUACAAUCUUAUUUACUUAAUUUUGUUUGCGUAAAGUUGUUUCAUGUCAUAUCUUAUUGUAUUUUACUUUAGGAACCCUAAUUCACAAAGCUUUACACCAAAAGCACAAUUUGCAACUGUGUUAUUUCUAUGAAGCUGAAGUUAAAACACACACACACACACACACAUCCAUUAUCUAUCUGUCUACAUAUUAAUUUGGUAGCUAAAUUUGAUCUGCCAAACAUAAAUCCUUUGUGAAUCAGGGUUUGAGGUUUUUUUUUUUUCAAUAAGUAAUACUUAUGUAUAAGAUAAAUUAUGGGGUUUUGUUUUUAGUGUAAUAAUUUUAAACAAGUCGAAAACCUGAGUAGAGGGACCAACGUGUGGCGUGUUUGACUCGUGCAAUUGGUUUAACUUUAACUCGUUUUGCUAAAGGAGACGAUAAUAAGAAGAUAAACUGUCCAACUCACAGUCCCAUUACUCAAGUUAAAGACUGAGCAUAUAAACCAAAUGUGUGCUGUUGGGGCUACGUGGACUUGCUUGGGUGAUGUAUUGUAAAUAAUGCAGUGUAAGUUAUAGCAGAUGGCAGAUGAGAAACUUGUGCCAUCUUUAAUUAAAUAUUUCAUUUUAGUGGAGAAAUUUACAGGUUGUUUCAGAUCUGGCUUUAGUCUAUACAGCUUUUCAAAAUACUUUUUGGUCAAUUUACCCACCCCAAUGUGACGUUCAGUUUGUGUGAUUUAUAACUUUGUCAUGUUUAAAUACUCUUUUCCGUUGAACCUCAGACUGUUGUCCUCAGCUGUUUCCAGACAGAUGCCUCCUCUGUAAACGACAGUUUUAUUGUUUACAAAAUGACAAUGUUGAUUUGCAUAUGUUGAA